GGCCGCGCUAAGAACCCCAGCAAGAAUACGUACCUGUCUCUGCAACGCGGACACUUUAGAGCUCCAUCUGGCCAGUUGAAGCUCCAUAUCCAACAUCUACAGAUACAGCCUCGCGUCCAUCCCACAGCACUGUUACAGAUCACUCAGAGCAUUGACUCAAUUCUGGUUUCUAUUCAAACGACUCUCUUCUGAAAUCAAUAGCCGCUCCCCAAGCCUACGCAGCUUCCCGUCCAUUUCCUUCAUCACCGCAAACAUGAUCUCAGACGGCGAUCUCUACCGACUAGCCAUUUUCUUUGGCACUACGGCAAUGAUUCUCAUUGUUCUCUACCACUUCCUCGAAGUCAACGCUGCGAAAGAUCCGAUUGAAGCCGGCAAGGAGGGAGCGUCAAAGUCACUAUAAUUGCACAGUAUCACGAUUACUGCGCAUUGUAAUUUUUUACGAGAAGGGAAUAUCCAGUUUGCAGCAAAGACUGCUCGGCGUUAAGGAGAACUCUUUGGACGAACGAUUCCGCCUAUUCGAAGAGCAGAGCUUGGGUUUGAUACAACUAGACUAGGGGGGUUAUUUAGAUCUUUUGCUGGGAGGUUUUCAGCUAUCUGCAAGGCAAUACUGAGAAUCUUUUCCAAAAAUUAUCUCAGUCGACUUGAAGUGAAGGCAACUGGGAUAGGAGACAUGAUGGCACACGCCAACACCAGCCUAUCACAGAUCAUAUUUGCCUAGCAUGAGCUAUGCACGCAUCCUUAGGCAGAUUCUGCUAAGCAAAGAACAAACAACACAUCUUUGUGGUCGUUUGUUUCCCUCCUUGGAAUUGCGCUCGUUUGUAUUUGUGAUGGAACUCUGUCU